AUGUGUGUGUUGCAGGAGACGCCGGGGAAGCGAGGGCCGGAGGGACAACCGUGCGUUGGAAUCUUCAGCAUCAACAGGCCAGAGAACUUCAAGAUCCUCUACUCCAUCUUCUCGCAACGCUUCAUCGCUUGCCCUCUCUAUGACACUCAUGGCUCCAACACCAUCAAGUUCAUUCUUGAUCAGUCUGAAACAACUGUAGUUUGCGCAGAAGCAAGCAAGAUGAAAGUUCUGCUGGAGGGACGAGGGGCCGCAUUGAAGUACAUCGUCAUCUUAGACGAGAACUUGGAUGAUGAGGAGAAAAGUGUGCUUGAGAAGCAGGCAAAAGACGCCAAGAUCACGUUGUUCACCAUCAAAGACUUGCGGGAGUCUGCGGACAAGACUCCUGGGGAGACCUCUGAUAUCACUCCGGAUGACUGGGCUUACAUCAUGUAUACAUCUGGAACCACCGGAAACCCCAAAGGAGUUUGCCUGACCCACAAGAACAUUUUGAGUGCGGCUUCCGGUGUCAUGAGACAAUCACCGAGGUACGAGGGUGCUGGUGCUGCAGCUGCUACUGGUGCUGGUGCUGGUGCUGGUGCUGGUGCUGGUGAUGGUGAUGGUGAUGAUGGUUGUAUCGGUGAUGAUGGCGGGGAUAUCUACAUCUCUUAUCUUCCUAUGGCUCACAGCUUCGAGAUAUGUAUUCAGAUCUGCAUGGUCGCUGUCGGGGCGUCCAUCGGGUUCUUUCAAGGAGACAUUCGCCUCCUCGUGUCCUCUGACCUCCCGCUCCUCAAGCCUACUCUGAUGUCUGGAGUCCCGAGGGUCUACGGCCGAGUUUACGACAAAGUUAUGCAACAAGUCGAGGAGAAGGGUCCCGUAGCUAAAUUGCUCUUUGACACAGCCUUUGCAAACCAAGCCUGGUGUAUGGAGAUGGGCUUUAGAAACCCUCUCUGGGAUCUUCUCGUCUUUAAUAAGAUCAAAGAGGCGCUGGGUGGAAGAGUUCGCCUCAUGGCGAGCGGCGCGGCUCCGCUAGGAACUGAAGUGCACAAGUUCAUGCGGACAGUCUUCGGCGUCCCCAUCUGCCAGGGCUACGGCAUGACUGAGAACGCAGCAGCUGCUGUGUGUCAGCCGCCUGAGUACAGCGCGACCGGGAACGUUGGGGGACCGGUGCCAUGCACAGAAGUGAAGCUCGAGGAUACGGAAUACUACAAGACCACUGACGAGUAUCCCAAGACGGCUCAAGAGUUCGAGGAACAGUUCGGGUUCAAGGGCGAGUUCGACCCCUCGCUUGCCGGCAAGAGGAUGGUGAGAGGAGAGGUGUGCUUGCGAGGAAACAACGUCUUUCUGGGCUACUACAAGAUGGAGGAGGAGACGAAAGAGGUGCUGGACAAGGACGGUUGGCUGCACACAGGAGACAUCGGGAUGUGGAACGAGGAUGGAUCUCUGUCUAUCAUUGAUAGGAAGAAGAACAUCUUCAAGCUUGCUCAAGGCGAGUAUGUGGCUCCUGAGGUCGUGGAGUCAGCCAUCUCUACCUGUAAGUGGGUCUCUCAGGUCUUCGUUUACGGAAAUUCUUUUGAGAAUCAUCUCAUCGCCAUCAUCGUCCCCUCCGAAGAAGUUCUGUCUAAACAUGCUGAGCACUGCGGAUGGACAGCAGACAACGGUGGCAAGAUCAGUCUGGCGGACAUUGUUGCGAAACCUGAGGUGGCUAAGAUUAUGAAGAAGCAAAUCAUGGACGACAUCGUCGCCUCCUGCAAGUCCAACAAGCUCAGAGGCUUCGAGGUGCCCAAGGCAAUCGACUUUGAGGCGCAGGUCAAUGACAUGGGCUAUGGAUUUACCAUCGAGAAUGACUGUCUCACGCCUACGAUGAAGUUGCGAAGACCACAGCUUGAGAAACGAUACGCUGCAAUGAUCAAGAAGCUUUAUGAUACAAUCAAAGCAGAGGCGGCAUAA